CUGAAAGUAGCACUCAUCCAGCCGCAGAAAGCAGCAGCAUCGUGCAGUAGCAUUGUAGCCAGCACAACGAGCUGUCGCCCAGACUGAGCUGCGGAUAGAGACCGCUUCGUGCGCACGCAAGAGGAGAGUAAUCCGUCGUGCAGCCCGCCUGCCCGCGCACGGCCUCACGCAAAGAUGUCGGCAGUAGCCUCCAGCAGCAAGAACCCACUUCCCAAUGGGAAUGCGGGAAUCCAUGCAGCUACUGCGAACGGCAGUUUAAAGAAUGCAAAUGGCGCCAAGCUCGGCAAAGCCGCUCGCCGCAGGGCCAAAAAGAAGGAAGAGAAGGCUGCUGGUGCUGGCCAUGCCACAGCAACAUCUUCAGCUGCAGCCGCACCGAGCCAGAAAAUCGGCGAGGCCGAUGCUCAGGAAGGUGACUCAGCCGUUGCAGAUACUGCUGAACCAGAUGCACCAGCCUCAAUACUUGAUGCCCCGGAGAUGGAUGAAGAAAUGCGGAAGCACUUUGGCAGCAUCCUGCAACGAUUUGCACAAGCUUCGGAAGACACACCUGAGGAGCAGGGAACCGAGCCAUCAGGGAAAGGCCAGGUCAUCUAUUCGGACGAAGAGGAUCUUUCUGACGAAGACGACUCAGAUCGAGAGCACGAAAAUGCAAACAAGCCGCUAUCGAAAAAGAAGCAAAAGAAAAUUCAGCGAUUGACGGUCGCCGAGCUAAAGCAACUCGUCGCGAAACCAGACGUAGUGGAAGGAGUCGAUGUGACCGCCAACGACCCACGGCUGCUGGUGCACGUCAAAUCCUACCGCAAUACUGUGCCCGUCCCAGCACACUGGUCGCUGAAGCGUGACUACCUAGGCAACAAGCGCGGCAUCGAGAAGCCGCCGUUCCAACUGCCUUCGUACAUUGCCGACACGGGUAUCGCGACCAUCAAGGACGCGCUGCGAGAACGAGAGGCAGACCAAACACUCAAGGCCCAAACGCGUGGAAGAGUGCAGCCGAAGAUGGGGAAAGUCGAUAUCGACUACCAAAAGCUUCACGACGCCUUCUUCCGCUUCCAGACCAAGCCGCCCAUGUCGAACUACGGCGAGAUCUACUACGAAGGAAAAGAGUUCGAGACCAAGUUCAAAGAGCGACGACCGGGAGAUCUCAGUGACGAACUUAAAGAGGCUCUCUCCAUCCCGCCGCUCGCACCACCGCCAUGGCUGAUCGCGAUGCAGCGGUACGGCCCGCCGCCAUCGUACCCGCACCUAAAGAUUCCGGGGCUCAAUACGCCCAUCCCUCCUGGUGCGCAGUUUGGCUUCCAUCAAGGCGGUUGGGGCCAGCCGCCGGUGGAUGCGUUUGGGCGGCCUCUGUAUGGAGAUGUCUUUGGCGACGGAUCAGGUUUGUCAAAUGGCUUGCCGAACACGGACCAAUUCGAGCAGGACGUGCAAAAGGAGAUCUGGGGCGAGCUGGAGCCAGAAGAGGAUGCGGAGGAAGAGGAGGAAGAAGAAGAGGAGGAGGAACAAGAUGAGCAAGAGGACCAGACCGAGGAAGACUCUGAGGACCGGGGGCAAGCGCCAUUCGACGGCUUGGUGACACCGUCCGGCAUGGAGUCGGUCAAUUCGACCAUCCCACCUGGCUUGGAGACGCCAGCUUUCAUCGAGCUACGGAAGGACCAGCGUGCAGCAGCGGGGCGUGCACCUGGCGGGCCACCACCACCGCCGCCAGGGGCAGCCCUUGGUGGGCCAAAGCAACUCUACCAGGUCAUCCCAGAGAGCCAGACCGCUAUUCGGGGGAUCAUGGGCAGCGAGAGGGGUUACGAUGUCUAUGGUGCUGGAGUGGGCACUGGGGCCUCUGCUUCUGGCGCUGCACCAAUACUUGGCCAGGAAGACAAGGGUACAAAGCGAAAAGCACAUGCAAACGGCAUCGACGUCGCGCUUGACCCGGCGGAGCUAGAAGGCCUGACGGAAGCAGAGAUCGCGCGGCGGUACGAUGAGGCGCAAGCGCGGGUGCAUGCGGCGCGCAAUGGCGGCACGGUCAAUGACACGAGCCGGGAAGAGAUGGACAUGCUGAGGGAGGAGCUGGCGAGGAAGAGGCAUCAGACCGAGGUGCGAAGGCAGGAGAGGAGGGAUGGCGGCGGCGGCGGCGGCGGUAGGGAUCGGCAGCGGUAAUGCACAAAGUAGCUAUUCUGUUCACUUGUUCUGCCACUUCCAAAUAUAUCUUAUCCACGUAAG